UUAUAGAGCCACAAAUAAAAUCUAAGAUGGGUGACGACAGCAGUGCGGUUCUAAAUCAAGUGCAACGGGACGUUACAGAAUUACGCCAAUUAGGCGAGCAGUGGGGUCUGACAAGUGUGGAAAUUAGUUCUUGCAUUACUUCUGCCUUUAAAAAGAAAUUAACCGUCGCUACCACCGAAGAGAUCGCUAAGAAAUUAAAGUUAAAAAACAAAUGGAGCAAAAUCCGGCUUGCUUUUCGAGUAUGGUUGGCUUUCGUUAUUGUCAUAUCAGGAAUUGCAGUAAUGGUAACCAAGAUAGAAUAUUUAUCUAAUAUUGUUGACAAAGUUUCACAACCUUAUGAUUAUUACAUUAUGAGAGCGGCGAGGCUGGCUGCUUUACCACUUCAUGAAAAAUACAACAUUAGCUCAUACCACAAUCAAGAAUGUCUGAUUGAAAAUCCUUACUACGAAUAUGAAGAAGAGGAAGUUGAUUGUUUACGGUGUGAAGGAAUCGAUUCAGUGCGUAUAACCAAAUUAAAAAACGAGAACGAAUUAACAGAGGACAUCUUUUCCGAACCUGUUUUAUUCAGGGGUCUGCAGAAACGCAUUAUUAGUUUUAUGGAUAUAGUGAAUUUAAUAAAUAAAGAGGAAGUGUUACAGGAUUCCUCAUUGGUCCUCCAACAAUCCUCAGUUGAUUGGAUGAAAUCGCUCAAUGAUUUAAAUCAACCAGGUACAUUGGAGGACAUAUAUGCUGAAGAAGACUUUCACAUCCAGUGGUCAAGUCGUAGAAUGGCAACCAGUAAGUUACUAAAGGGGCUAUUCCCAAGACCGAGUGUUAUAUCUAAAAAUGUGGAGGUUCUCAUAGAAAAACAUCUAUAUAUAUCUGGGCCAGGAGCUGAUGGCGUAUCAUUGGAAACUGGAAUUGCGAAUAUGUUUUAUAUACAAGGCUCUGGUUCUCGUACCAUAGCAUUUACACCCAAGGCUGGAUGUGAAGAGAGUUGUUUCUCGUUUGACGUUACAACAGAGCCAGGAGAUGUCGUGGUUUUUCCGGAUUAUUGGUAUAUCGAAUUAUUAACCAAUGACUAUGAAGUCAGUGUUUCUUUCCUUGGUGGAACCAAUUGAAAUAUAAGCAUCGACCAAAAAGGAGAACAGACAUUGAUAUUGUCCACAGAAAAUAAACAAAUAAAACCCAUAAAGUGUCA